AGCCAUAAACAUAAUUAUCAUAACCUUAUCUUAGAUGGCCAAGCCUAUUCCAGUGGUCGUGGUCGGACCAGAGUACUGCAUAUCGGACCAUCCAGUGGAGCUGGCGAUUGUGAGAAAGGCCCUUGCUUUGACAAAGGGCAACUUCAAGAUCAACGAUGUCAAUGAUAAUGAGUUGUUCAGAAUGGAAGUCCAGUGGUCUCUUCACGACAGUCGGAUCCUUCGAGAUACUGCAGGAAAUCCCAUUAUCACUAUCCGCAAGAAGAUGAGAACUAUACAUUCAAGAUGGGAAGUGUUCAGAGGAGACAGUCACGACAAGAAUGAUCUUUUGUUCACGGCUGUAACGAGCUCAUGUCUGCAGUUCAAGGUAAAGUUGAAUGUGUUCUUAGCAAAAAACGAGAAAGAAGAAGAUCCUGACUUUAAGUUGAAAGGAUGCUUUUUUAAGGAGUCUUGCAUCAUAUACACUGGACAUGACAAAUCCAAAACCAUUAUUGCCCAGAUGCAGGAGGAUACUGCUGUACCAAGCGUCGUGUUUGAGAAAACUAAUUUCAAGAUCACAGUGAAUCCAAACGUGGAUUACAUGAUGGUAAUUGCAUUGGUUAUUAUUCUCGACAAUAUUGACACUUUUGUUACAAAAACAAUUGAUAGAACUGAUAAAUUUGUUAAUGUUUUAGGGUCACUUGGUGAUUCGUAAUUGCAAUUAUUAUUAUCCUCUACUAUAUUUAACACACUUUUGUUAAGGAUGUAGUUGAUAAAGUUACUUUUAAUGUGAUGUAAUUGUAAUAAAGGGAUUCCAAAUAUAUGGAAUUUUCUUUUAUUAAUAAUAAUUAAAUGGGUGAAAU